GUUUCGGCAUUUUGAUGUUUGGAGCCUUACAGUCACACAAGACUAUACCUAGGAGCGAAGAUCUCAGUAUUUCCAAUCAUUUUCGACAUGAUUCACUCAAGAUAAAUCUUCGUGAAUCAUGUGACCCAACAACAACAACCUGGAAAAUAGAGACACACAUGGUUAUACCGCCUCUAAUGCUUUACACGACAGCCGCGACUUUUGGACUGGCAACCCCUCCUCUCAUUUUCCCACUCAGCCCAGACCAUUGUUUACUUACCAUGGUUCAAUACAACGUUCAACGUGCUUCGCUGCUCAAUAUGGCCGUUCUAUCUCUUCUAGAGCAUCUUCCACUAGAAUGCGGGGGCACCAUCAACCUUCCAAGCUUAGCCAUAGAUCCGCCUAGCUCCGUACCACCUGAGCUUUUGCCCACCACUUUGCAGAAAUCCACACCUCAUGCGUACUGGAUAGACAUAUUCCCAUGCCACGUCAUGCGAGAUAAUCUGAUUCGUCUUUACGGGCAAUAUGAUACUCAUGACCUGCAGCGUGAUCUGGCGAAGAGUUUGUACGAAGGGUUUGUUGAUGGAGAGCAACGCGGCUGUUUGGUUUGGGGUGAGCCAUGGUCAGUCAACGGCUGGGAAGUAAGUGAAGGAUUCGUCAAGAAAUGGGGGUUUUUACUCAAAGGCUGCUCGGGUCUUCUGGCAUCAACAAACCGCUGGAGAGAAUCGCGAGGUGAAGAUGGAAUAGCGAUAGAAAUAGAAGAAUAGUAAUUAUUUCC